AUGGGCAACUCCUGUGUUACCGGCGCCAGCAGCAGCUCAAACCACGGGCAGAGUCUGAAAUCCAAGGAGGCAAGACUUAUUGACAACUCAUGUGUUACUGGUUCAAGCCAGUCAAACCAGGCGCGUUGCCAGGAGUCCAACGGGUCAGAGAUUACCUUCAAAUGGAGGAUCGAUGGUUUCUCAUCGCUUCUUGAUAAGGGUAAAUCAUGGACGAACUCCAGUGUGUUUGAGAUCAGGGGUCAUAACUGGCACCUGAUGCUGAACCCAAGGGACAGAAAGAGUGGCGACGAAAAUGAAUAUGUAUCUCUUAUGCUUGUGCUGUUUCAAGUAUCUGAGAGAUCCCAUACAGUCGUGGAGGCAACUUUCAAGUUCUUGAUAUAUGACCAGUCACAUGGAAAGCACCACGAACAGCAUCAAGUGAGCCACAAUUUUCAGGCUACAAGCAGAAUCUCUGGGAGCCCAUGCAUGAUCCCCCUCACGAAGCUUAAGGAGCAAUCCUCUGGAUUCCUUGUCAAAGACAGCUGUGUUUUCGGUAUCCAGUUCAUUAAAGUUGUCGCUGUUAAAGAACCCGAGCACCUCCCCAGAGUUUGA